AUGAAUACUAGUACGCCUACAUUCAUCUCGCCAGUAAAAUCUGAGAGCAAUUAUCCUGCUUGUAGGACUCCUAGGACUCCUGAGACUCCAAAACGGGCUCGAAAAAUUAGCAAGAGUAAUGAAAAAAGCAAAGACAUGAGCAGGAAAACUUCCUUCUCGAAGAUUCCAGGUAGCCCUGGUUCAACCAGAUUCCAUGCUUCGUCGUCAACGCUUCGUACGAGUCCGGUUGCUUUUGCCCUUGCUGGUGACGUGAGUUUACGCUAUGGAGAUACUCCCAGCAUUUUUUCGUCGGAUUCAGGUUCGAAUAUUAGGGAAAAUAUUGCUGAGGCAAUGGAUACAAAUCAAUUCGCGAUUCCCGAUCGUAAUCUUCCGCUUUCUCCACAGAAUAAGACUAGAACAAUUACAGCAAACAUGAGUAGUCCUCUUACGAAGAAGGGAAAGAGUUUGCCCACUACCGCUAUUUCGCCGACUGAGCCCGUUAUCAUUAAAGGUGUUAUUUCUCAAAUGAAAUCGCCCGUACUUGUUUCUGGACCAAUCGUUUCUCCUGCUGUCCGAAGUCCAGUACACAUGUCUGACGCGUCGUACACUUCUUCCACGUAUACACCACCAAAAAUCUCCACAGCACCCUCAAUACCUAGUGCUACUCAUAAAUCCGCAGGAUCAUUUCCACCACGUCCUAUACAAAAGAAAACUCAAUCCACACCACUGCUCCCAAAGCGACAUCGUUCCUCUACUAGGUCUUCUCGUCACGUUGUUGCAUCCAGCGCUCCUAGCGAAUUUUAUGAGUAUCAAACCAUUAACGGUACCAUUGACCUCCCAUUCCCCUUCAAGAAAGGUUCAUUUAGUAAUAGUUCUGGUUACCAUUCUGGCGUUUCUGGCUCCGGAUCGACCUCCUCGUCUCGCACGUCUCUUAAAACCAUUUACCGGGGAAUUUUACAUAAUGUUAAGCCUAGAGUUCUGAGUGCGUAUAUGUUGUUUGGAGCUUCCAUUAUCUGGCUUGUAUGGAUGACUUCGAGUAAAUUACUUUCAGACAAGAAAGGAAAUCCAGGUCGCGGCCAUGGUGGAAUUGGUGGGCAUGUUCCUCCAUAUGGAAUAAGCAUUGCUACAUUGGCCCCAUCUUUCCUGACUCAUGAUAUCAAAGAGUUUAUGCCUGUUGACGAGCCAUAUCUCAAUACUGGGAGUGCCAACGAUCGUCAAAUAUCACAAAAUUCCGACAAGUCACAUCCCGAUUCACCCUCGAAGUCCGAACCAGAAGAGAGCCUUUGGAAUACCUUGUGUAAAGUCUUUGUGACUUUGGCGUGGCUAUUUGGUAUAAUUUUUGUCUUCCUUUUUAUCCGUGCGCUGAUCGGGGAUUUAUUUCUAUUCUUUUUCUCUGGUGGCGAGGCAGCUGAUGGAGAUUGGAGUGAGAAGGUGUGA